AUGUUUCCUCUUUACUUCUUCCUUCUAGUUCUUCCCACUGUUUCUUCAGUUUAUUUCCAAAUAACUCGCUUUGAGCCUGAUCCCUCCAACAUACUAUAUCUAGGUGAUGCAAUGGUAACACUAGGAGCCAUUGAAAUGAACAGAGUUAAUCGUGUAACCCGAGUUGGUCAGGCAAUCUAUGCUAAGGGGGUGCCGCUUUGGGACCCUGAUACAGGAAAGCUCACUGACUUCAGUACACAUUUCUCCUUCCUUAUCGACACCCAAGGCAGGAAAAAAUACGGUCAUGGGCUAGCAUUCUUCCUAGCUCCUGUUGGGUUCGAAAUCCCGACAAAUUCAGCUGGGGGAUUUCUAGGCCUAUUCAACACCUCAACCGCUGAAUCAUUAGCUCAGAGCCAAAUUGUUCUAGUUGAGUUCGACUCUUUCACAGACCCCGACUGGGAUCCUCCGGUUGAGCAUGUCGGGAUUAACAACAAUACAAUUGCUUCUGCUGUUUACACCCCUUGGAAUGCCAGCUUACACAGUGGAGAUACUGCUGAUGUAUGGAUUAUCUACAAUUCUUCUACUAAAAAUUUAAGUGUCACUUGGAAAUACCAAACAACCUCUAACGCUCUGGAGAAUACUAGUCUUUUUUAUGAAAUUGAUCUGAUGAAAGUUCUCCCACAAUGGGUCAAAGUUGGAUUUUCAGCUACAACAGGUUUGUAUUUAGAGCGACAUACACUUCAGUCAUGGGAAUUCAGUUCAAGUUUGGAUAUAAAGGAAACAAAUGGAAAGAAUGCGAAAACUAAAAGAUUUGUGGUUGGUCUAGCAGUCUCAGGUGGUGUACUGAUAGUUGGGGCAAUUUUUGCAUUUGUCAUAUUGUUGAUAUGGAAAGGAAAGAAAAAGGAAGUAGUAGAGACAGUAAAUUUAGCAUCAAUAAAUGAUGAACUUGAGGGAAGAGUAGGACCAAGAAGGUUUUCUUACAGAGAUCUUGUUUCAGCCACCAACAAUUUCUCGAAUGAGAAGAAGUUGGGUCAAGGAGGGUUUGGUGCCGUUUACAAGGGGUACUUAACUGAUUCAGAUAUGCUAGUUGCUGUGAAGAAAAUCUCGGGAGGGUCCAAGCAGGGGAAGAAAGAGUACAUAACUGAGGUGAAGACUAUUAGCCAACUGAGGCAUCGAAAUUUGGUGAAACUAAUAGGAAGGUGUCAUGAAAGAGAUGAGUUCCUACUUGUCUACGAGUUUAUGCCAAAUGGUAGCCUUGAUUAUCACCUCUUUGGCAAGAGGAGUCCUCUCACAUGGAUGGUGAGAUACAAGAUAGCUCUUGGGUUGGGCUCUGCAUUGCUUUAUCUUCAUGAAGAGUGGGAGCAAUGCGUGUUACACCGAGAUAUCAAAUCGAGCAAUGUCAUGCUUGAUUCCGAUUUCAAUGUCAAGCUUGGUGACUUUGGGCUAGCUCGGCUUAUGGACCAUGAGUUAGCUCCCAGAACAACUGGAUUGGCUGGAACUAUAGGAUACUUGGCUCCAGAAUAUAUACGCACAGGUAGGGCUAGUAAAGAAUCAGAUGUAUAUAGCUUUGGAAUAGUUGCCCUAGAAAUUGUUACUGGAAGAAGGUCAAUUGAUCGAGUGGGAACGAAUUCUGAAUUGAUGUUGGUAGAGCGGAUUUGGAAUUUAUAUGGAAGAGGAGAUCUUCUUUUGGCUGUUGAUGGGAUGUUACAGACAAAUUUUGAUGAAAAACAGGUAGAGUGUAUGUUGGUGGUUGGACUUUGGUGUGCUCACCCUGAUCAAAAUAUGAGACCAUCCAUAAGGCAAGCCAUUCAAGUUCUUAAAUUUGAUGCAAGAAUGCCAAAUCUUCCACCGCAAAUGCCUAUUCCUAUGUAUCAUGUACCUACACCGUUAAUCUGCUCUGGUGCACCUUCCAUAACUACAAGUCUUCAACAAGGUCGUUAAUCCUAUUCACUAUUGCUUCUAAAAAUUGUUACAAGUAUUCAACGGGGUUGUUAAUGCUAUUUACCUUCUUUGC